AUGACUCUGAUUGAUUUGGUGCUCUACAAAUCACAGGUGAGUAGCCUGGCUUUGCUGAUUGCACGCAUGCAGAAGAAUGCAGACACUGUUGAGAAAGAUGUACUGCGAGCAGAAGAGCUGCUACUCAUAGAUGCUGACAAUGAGAAGAAUAACAGGAAAUUACAACAUCAGAAGGAAACAGCAGACCUCUUAGGCCGGGCAGAGGGGCUUCUAAAAGAUCUGUUCCUGGAUAUGGACAAAGCCAAGAAAAUGAAACACCCUCAGGCUGGAGAAAUUGAGAACGAUGUCAGUCGUCUUCACGAGCGUUGGCUUAAAGACUGCUCCCUUUACCGAGAGCUGUAUGAGCCUCUGAAUGAGGUGGAACUGCAGCCAAGAAUUAACUGGUCUCUGGUGCUGAACCAAAAACAGAAGGAGGCAAGCAAAGAGGAGUAUGGUCCUACUCUUGCUGACCUGAAGAAACAGAUUGCAGCUCAUAACAUCCUUCAUAAGGAGAUUGAGUCUUACAACAACCAGCUAAGCCCUGGAUCAACCAGCUCCCAGGAGGAAUAUGCUGCCAUUAAGAAGCAAUAUGCUAACCUACUGGAUAACUCAAAAUGGAGACGUCACUAUCUCAACAGCCUGUACGAUUACAUGCAAGACUGUGAGAAGGAGGUGGCAUACAUGAGAGAGGAGCAGAACAAGAUCCUUAGACAGGACUGGAGUGAUCAGAUGGCUGACCAUGCUGACAUCCGCAGACAGUAUGAGAUCUUUAAGAAUAACAGCCUGCUGUCCCACGAAAGUGAGGUCAACAAAUUACAGGAUGAUGGAGAUCGACUGGUCGAGCUGAAACAUCCUGCUGCCAGCACUGUUCAGGCCCAGAGAGACACUGUCAGGAAUGAAUGGCAGAAGUUUCUGAAUCUUUGCAUCUGUCAGGAAACACAUCUAGACAAUAUAGAGGAGUACAAAAGGUACCAACUGGAUGCAGAUACCUUGUCAGAGUCUUUAUCUAAGCUUGGCUCCACUGUUGAUGCCAAAGCACUCAAUGGCAAAACCAGCACUGAAAUUCAGAUGCAGCUUGAGGCUGAGGAAAGGCCUCUACAGCGCAACGAGCAGCUGCUAGCUGACCUGAGAAAACGAAGCACCUCUAUCUCACCACUAAAGCUUCGACACACUCCUCCAAGCAAAACUACCACGGUUGAGUCUCUGUGUGACUGGAAGACUCCUAAGGCUUCACUGAACAGAGGAGAGCUGUUUAAUCUGAAGUCCAACACAGACAAUGAUAACUGGGAGGUUCAGUCCAACGAUGGAACGAUCAAAAAAUUUCCUGGAGUUUGCUUUAUGAUUCCUCCACCUGAUCCUGAUGCCAUCAACAGAGUUGACCUGCUAGGCACAGAGUUGGAAGAUCUAAAGAAAAGGCGGGCUGCUUUGAGAACUUCACUGAACAAUCAACCAUCAAAGGCCUCUGUUUCACAGGCUCCAGUUCCUGCUCCAAGAGCCGAGGAGAACUCCAAAGCUGCAGAGCUAGCUAGCCGCCUAAACAAAAUGGAUAAAGAUCUAGCUCAAGUUGAGAAGGAUACUCUGAGCAGUCUAAGGGCUCCACUGAACCGCACGGAUCCUGCCACAGACCUCAAUAAACGCUUGCAGGAGCAAGAGAGAACAACUGCAGCUCUCCAGCAGUUGGAAAAACAGAGGGCUGCAGCCCAAAAGGACCUGGAACCUCUACUUUCAAAUGAUACUAAUGGGCCAACCUCUUCCACUCUACCUCAAAAACUCAGUGAUGCCAAAAACAAACAAGACAGUCUAGCUGCUCUCGUUGAUCUUUACAGAAAGAAAGCAAAUGCUUCUAUGGUGUUGGAGAGACAGCUGAGGAAAAUGGACAGCACUGUCUCAGGAUUUGAGAAACAGCUAAGUGAUGAUGGUGCCAUCCCAGACAAAAGUACUGCCCUUCAAAGCCGUACACAGGAAAUUCAGGGUUUGAGAAAAGAUGUUGCUGGAGCACAAAGUGAGAUGCAAAAGCUUAGCGAGGACCUCGAGGCACUUAAGAAGUUAUGCAGUUCACUUCAACAGGGUUACCAGGAGUACUGUCCUGAUAUACGCAGACAGGAAGCAGAAGUGAAGAAUCUUCAAAGCCGAUAUGCCAAUGUGAGCAACCAGCUGAAUGAAAGAGAGAGGCUUUUGCAAGAGGCUAACACAAAACACCAGGACUUCCAGAAUGCGAGCCAAUCACUAAACUCCUUCUUACAUAAUCUACCUAACAACAAGAUUAACCCCACGGAUGAUUUAUCUCAAGUCAAUGCAAAACAGAACUCUCAAAAGAGGGUAAUGGAGGACAUACAGAGGAAAGGCGAUGAUAUGGACAGGGUGGCUGAUCUCUCCAAGGAUCUUCAGAAUUCUCUCAAAGAAUAUGAGAUGAAUUGUGUCAAGUACAAUGCUACUCUUCAUGACAUACCUGCGAUAGAUGCUAAAAGGCUUCACACCUCCACCCUAGCUAGCUCUGUUGCAAAACAGAAUGUGGUAAAAGUAAAUGCUGUACAACAACAACAGAUGCAACAAAAAGCCGCUGAGGACACUGAAGUUCUCCAGAAAGAAUUAAAGGAGGAAAUUGCAAAACGUUCCAAUGUAGAAAAUAACCUGAUCACCAUCAAGAACAGAUAUUUAUCUUUGAAGAAUCGAAGAGGAGUAGAGCGGGUAGAGGAGAAAGAGGUUCUGCAGUAUUACCGUGAUCCAAAGCUUGCAGCCAAUGUGGAGGACUUUCAAAAAAAAAUUCACGAAGAAGCACUGAAACGCACAAAAACACAGAGUGAGAUUGAGGUUCUGUCCAGAAAGAUCAAUAGCCUAGAAAGUGAACUUAAGAACACCAAGCCCAAGCUAGUGACAAGAGAAGUGACUGAGGUAGAGAAAGACCCUCAGUUGGAUUUAGAAGCAUCAAACAUUCGAGAAAACAUAAGCAAACUGAGAAGUGAACUUAAAGUUAAAGAUCAAGAGAAGUCUCGCCUACAAACAGAGAUAACAAUUUUGGAGCAAAAGAAGCAAAACAUAAAAGAGAGGGUGGUACAAAAAGAAGUUGUAAGACUGGAAAAAGAUCCAGAAAUGUUGAAGUCAGUUAGAACAUUUGAGAUGGCUAUCUCAGAUGAAGGUGAGAGGAGUAAAUCACUGAAAAGUGAAAUCUCCCAAACCAGGAGUCAAAUCAAUACACUUGAGAGGCUCAUUCCAACUUUAGAGCCAAAAGUUGUCACCAAGGAAGUGAAAAGGAUUGAGCAGGACCCUGCACUCAUAAGUGAGUCUAAAAAUCUUCUGACUACAAUAGAUGAAGUGAGAAAUGAGAACAGAAUUCUUGUUACUGAGCUUAGCAACCUUCAGUCACAACAUAUACAAAUACAAAGGAUGAAGCCCAAAGUGGAAGUCAAAGAAGUAAUUAAUGAGAACUUCAGGGUGUCACCUGAGACAGAGGCAGAGAUGCAUCGCUUGAGAAGGGAGCUCCAAGACAAUAGCAGACAGUUCUCAGAUUUUGACAGACAAAUUAGUGUUGUCAACACCGAGCUGGGAGUGCUGUAUGCACAGAAACCCAAAAUUGAGUAUAAGGAAGUAGUUCAGGAGGUUGUAAAAGAGGAAAGAAGUCCAGAGAAUGUAAGAGAAAUACAGAGGUUGUCUGAUCAAGUAUAUUCCCUGCAAAAAACCUACAAUACUUUGCAAGAUCAGCUUAUCCGUCUUAGAAAAGACAGGGAUGAAUGGAAGGCAGAAAAGUCAAAAGUUGAGACCAAGAUUGUCACUAAAGAUGUCACUAAGUAUGUUGAUGACCCACUUCUGGAGAAGGAGGCAGAUCGUCUAAGAAGAGAGGUCCGUGAAGAAACUCAGAGGCGCAGAACUACAGAGGAAAUGGUGUUUGACCUUCAGAAUAAAUACAUUCAGCUUGAGAGACAAAAACCAGAAGAAAAAGUAGUAGUACAAGAGGUAGUACGUCUACAAAAAGAUCCAAGGCAAAUCCUUGAUCAUGACAGGCUAGGUAGGAGUCUGGAUGAAGAAGUGAAGAAUCGGAGAAAACUGGAGCUUGAGGUACAGCAGAUGAGAGCACUCAUAGAGGACAAGGAGAUAGCCAUCAGGAACAGUGAUGAAAGGCAAAGAAAGAUCCAGGUGGAAACUGAGCUGAGACAAAUUAAAUCCAGAAUCCAUGAGCUAGAAACUGCCCCACCUCCCAUAGAAGAGAACAUAGUCAUAGAGGAAGUUCUGAAAGUUGAGAGGGAUCCAAAACUAGAUAAACUGACCAAUGGUCUUCGAACAGACAUGGAUAAGGAGAGCAGUGACAUUAUGCGUUUAGAGAGAGACAUCAGGAAAUUGACACUGGAGAUAGAAAUCUUGCAGCGAGAGAAGUCGGUUGAGAAGACCAUCUAUAAAGACGUUGUUCGUGUAGAGAAAGAUCAGGCUGUGGAAGCAGAACGGUCUCACCUUAGAGAACAAUUACUUCAGAAGAAAAAUGGCAGACGAGACAUUGAGGAUGAAAUUCACCGUCUAAAUGAAAAACUGCAGCGACAAGCAAGUAAAAGAACUACCACAUCUCUGGAGGAGACCAACCUGAUUCAUGACAAGGACAAGCUGCAAAGAGAAAAAGAAAACCUCCAGAGAGAGCUGAGAACUUUGGAAUCUGAAAAUCAAAACAUCAGCAUCUCAUUCCACCAGCAGUCUAGGUUGAUGAGUGAAAGAAAUCAAAUGAACAGACAAAGAAGCAUUAAAAUGGAAUCAGAUGUUCAGAGGCUGGAAAGGGACAUACUGGAUGAGAAGGACAAAAUUUAUAAACGAGAUAACAUAAUCAGGGAGCUAAAGAACAGUUUGAAGAAGGAGGAUUCCUCAGAGACUCGAACUAAAGAAGUCAACGUGUCUACAAAGAUCAGCAUCUUGGACCCUAACACUGGUAAAGACAUGUCACCAUAUGAUGCUUACAUGCAGGGCUUCAUUGAUCGCAGCCAAUACAUACAAUUACAGGAACUAGAGUGUGACUGGGAGGAAAUUACCACAAUGGGACGUGAUGGUGAGAUAUCUGUUUUGCAAGAUCGGAAAAGUGGCAAACAGUACUCCAUCAAAAAUGCACUAAAAGAAGGCAGGGUGACUAAAUACCAACUACAGCAGUACAAGGAUGGCAAAAUGCCAAUCUCAGAGUUUGCUCUUCUUGUGGCUGGUGAAACAAAAUCUCAGCCAUACACCCCAGUUACCAGUCAACAAACUCAACAGCUUAAUGAAGAGUUCCCCAUUUGUGGUCUGUAUGAUGUACAUACUGAUUCAAGUCUUAAUGUCCGCAGUGCCAUGGAAAGAAAGAUGAUUGACACCAAUACCGCCCAAAAACUGCUUGAAGCACAAGCAGCCACUGGUGGCAUUGUGGACAUCAGCAACAGCACAAGAUAUUCUGUCCACAAAGCAGCUGAUCGAGGUCUUAUUGAGUCCAGUCAACUACAACGGUUAUUAAAUGCUCAGAAGGCUUUCACUGGAGUUGAGGACCCAAUGACCAAAGAACGUUUGUCAGUUGGAGAGGCUGUACAGAAAGGAUGGAUGCCCAAAGAAAAUGCCAUGAGAUACAUGGAGGCACAAUUUCUGACAGGCGGCUUGGUGAACCCUAACAAAGCAGGAAGAGUUAACAUUGUGGAUGCUGUCAGCUCCAAGAUGAUUGACAGCACAAUGGUGAGAGAGCUUCAGGAAGAGAUCAACUAUGCAAAGGAGUUGACUGACCCCAUCACAAAGGAGAAGAUCAACUACAAGCAGGCUUUGGCUCGUUGUAAGACAGACCCGCUAUCGGGUCUUCCAUUGCUUCCUGCUUCCUCAAAAGAUUCUGCCUAUUCUUCCUCAUAUUUUAGUCAUAAAUAA